GAGAGAAGGAGGGAAUUGGAGGCUGCAGCACACUCACACACACACACCUGCAGCAUUCAGAAGCAUCCUCAUCCCAGGCUGCAGCUGGAUCAGGAGCUAUCAGUCCAAAGGGAGGGGGGAAGAAAAGAAAAACUGUAAGCCAAAAAAUCCAAUCUCGGGAGCAGGGACCCUACUACUACCAUGCCGGAGAAGACCCUGGUGCUGGAGAGCCCCCCCUGCCACUGAGGAACAGCUGUCCAUCCCCGGGGGGCAAUAAACUUCCUGUACAACACCCCACCAGGCUGCACCUAAAGGGCUCACAAGUUCAUCGGCUGCCCUACGAGUCUGUCCCAUGUGUCCACUGCCGGCUGAUGGCCGUUGGAAGGCAAAGUAUCCUCCCUGUCUAACGUGUGCCCAGAUACACAGCCGAUUCCUCCCACCCUACUUCCUCCUUCCCGGAACCUACUCUCCAUUCCAAUGAAUGUGUCCAAACCUUCAGGGGAAAAUAAGAGCCACGACAUGGAUUCAGCUCAGGCCCAGCUGUUGCAGUGAUGGAGCUGAAGACGUGCCCCAAGGCCAAACAACAGCAAUCUCUCGCACAGCCAGCCAGGACGUCCCAGCAAAAGCUGAAGCACAUACAGUGGAUGGACUGAAGAAAUUCCUCAUUCCUAGGACUAUGCAGAGGACAGAAUGGUGUCAGCCACGGAGACAGAUAUGUACGACGCCAUCUUGGAAACUAACGAUGGAUCCAGCUCCGAUGCCAGCUGGUACUUUCCGUAUCCGCUGGGCUUCCAGGUGUCCCUCACCAGCUUCCUCAUGUUGGAGAUUGUAUUGGGUUUUAGCAGCAACUUGACAGUCCUCGUGCUUUACUGCAUGCAGUCCAACCUGGUGGAUUCGGUCAGCAACAUGGUGACCAUGAACCUUCACGUCUUGGACAUCAUCAUCUGUGUGAUCUGUGUGCCGCUGACCAUAGUCAUCAUCUUGAUUCCUCUAGAGCAGAACAUAGCUCUAGUUUGCUGCUUCCAUGAGGCCUGCGUCACCUUCAGUAGCAUUGCAACAGCCAUCAACGUCCUGGUCAUCAGUCUGGACAGGUACGAUAUCUCCGUGAGACCCGCUAAUCGGGUCCUCACCCCCAGCAGGAUGGUGCUACUCCUGUCCUGUGUCUGGUUUGUCUCGCUCAUGGUCUUCUUCAUCCCUUUCUUCGAGGUGCAUUUUUUUGGUGACCCAGAUCACAUUGCCACCUGGCAGAACCGGACUUUGCUCUGCGUGAGCGUCAAUGAGUAUCACACGGAGGUGGGAAUGUACUACCACCUAGUCAUUCAGAUCCCCAUCUUCUUUGCAGCAGUGGCUGUAAUGCUGGUCACCUAUUCCAAAAUCCUGCAGGCCCUCAACAUUAGGAUCGGCAACCACUUCAAGAGGAGCCAACGCCGGAAAACCAAGAAGAAGAAGAAAAGGAAACCUUCGGACCAAAGCAUCGUGGCGGAGACCAAGAGACUGGCUCCUCCUGUUAUCCAGAACCCACCCAUGAGGGUACAGGCUUCUGUGUCUGUCAUCAUCGCCUUAAGGCGCGCAGUCAAACGCCACCGGGAUCGCCGAGAACGUCAGAGACGUGUCUUUAGGAUGUCUCUCAUUAUCAUCACAACCUUUCUUCUCUGCUGGGCCCCCUUAUCUAUUGUGAACCUUCUGAUCCUCUGCCUGGGACCCAGUGAUUUCAUGGUAAAACUGCGCAUCUGCUUUAUCACCAUGGCCUACGGCACAACUAUUUUCCACCCUCUGCUGUACGCCUUCACUCGCCAGAAAUUCCGCAACGUCUUGAAGAAUAAGAUGAAGAAGAGAGUGGUUUCAGUAUUGCAAGUAGACCCGGCUCCCGGGGGGACGGUUAUACACAACUCUUGGAUAGAGCCCAAAAAGGGAAGGAAAGCAAAGCUGGAGUGUAGCGAGGGGACUGACCGAUGUCUCACAGAUGCCGUAAAGGAGUGAUCCGUUUCGAUGCCGGUGUUACAAAGACAUUAUUAUGGCAGAGGGGUUAAUGGCGGAUAUAAGUGCACAAUUUUGUUUUCUUCAACUCUCAUUCUUUAUACGAACGGGUGAGCAGCGUAUGAUAUCGGUUGUAGCCAUAAACUAUGACCUAGCUCCAUUUCAAAAGCACUGCCGUGUUACCUCUGUGGCUUGGCUCGCCACAAGUCCAUUCAACCCAUCCGAUACAGGAUGGAUAAUCCAGGUGAUCCGUACCCCGUUAUGCUGGGGCAGCUGCAGUGAGUUUUUUUCGAGUCAUCCUUGAGUCGUUUGUCAGAACUUGGCAAUUCGAGAAUCUACAAGUUUUUCUAGUGAGUAGAACCGCAUGUCUUGAUGUGUCAAGAAUCAGUCCUAGGACGGCAAUUCCUUCCUCCGAGUCAAU